AUGGCGAAUGGCGCCGACAUUUCGCGGCCACCAUCGGCUUCAUCAUCAAGGACUUCUUCUGUACAGUCAAUCCACCCUCUAAGAUUUAAUUGUACGAGAUGUAAGGCAAAACACAGGCGCUGUGACCGAAAUAGACCAGUCUGCAACACCUGUCGGACCUUGGGCCUUGAAGCUGAAUGCUUAUAUCCUUCUGCGGCCUUAGCGGGUGCCGAGAACAUAAUCACCAAGAAAACUGGUACUCCAUUCUCAGGGCCAAUGUUCAAUAAUGAUUAUGCUUUACCUGCUUUACCCACAACAGGUGACAAAAGACCAAGAGCUGCAGACAGUUCUUCUGGACGAAUUGAACCUGUCAAUGACGUGGUUGGAUUACCCAUCCAAAAUUCUUUCAGCCACACCCGGCAGACGCAGAUACUCCAGCAGCCUGCUGCAAAGCGGUACAAGAUAUCCGAACUUAGCCCUGCAACUGGAAAAGCCACAAGCACACCUGCAUUUGAACGAGGUCAAAUUGCACCAUUUGGCAUACUCAGUGGGAGCACACUGGAUCCUCCACCGCGUAUGCGUAGUAUAUCUCCUACUCUGCCUCAAGACGAAAUGGAGCUCAGGUGCAACUUGACCACCGAAAUCAAUGUCCAGAGAAUGAAGGAACACCGUCUUACAGCAGGGCAUUUGCGUAACAUCAUCAAGCUACUCACGAAAGCCAAGACCGAACGCCCAACCACUGAACCCACGAUUGCCGGAUCGAGUGCUAUACUGUUUGACGAGUAUCGUGAGGAAGAUGAUCUCAUGAGGUUUGCAAUAAUCAAGCUGAAAAGGGGUGGCCAAUGCUCUCGUGCUCUUCUCAGUCGAUUUGAGAAUUUCGUAUAUGGCCCAUUGAUGAGUCCCGAGGAGAAGAAGAUGCAAGAGCGUGUCAUAUGCGUUGAAGAGUGCCUGUCAACUAACUCGGCGUCACUGACAGUCGAUCAUACCGACCUGUUCCUCCUCCGCCUUAAAAGAAUCAUACUUCAUCCUGAUGUCUAUGGCUUAGACGAGAAUGACCCACGCAUCGCCUUCCUGCGAGACGAGCUCCUUACAGCCAUGGCGACUGACUCGAAGCUGAGUCGUCCAAUCCGUAGGAAAUUCGCGGAACUUUUAGACCCAGAUGGAGAGAUUGCCGGUAUCAGCGUAGACAAUCCAGGCAUCGAAAAAGAAAGCCCAGAGUCGAGGAAGGUGCUACCCAAGCCUACUUCUUCACGCGUGCCUUCCUCGCACGCGCCAGAAACACCAUCGAGAACAAUAACAACAAGCAAACAAAACUCUGUCACUGCUCUGUCUCCUUCACCGAGCCAUCCCUCUCUUUUCCCCCCACUCUCUCUUUCAACAACCCAUCCUCCCCCUGUCUCCUCUCCUAUUUCAUCUUUAUCCCCACCACCUCUGGAAACGAUUGAUUUGACCAAUGAUACCAUGUCGUCGUCAUUUCCCUUCAUCGUGAAGCGUACGCCUAAGAAGCGUAUUGACUCUGGCAGCCAGUCGUCGCAAUCCAACAGCACUGCAGCGUCGCCUUUCGUAGAGCCAGCUUCCAAGAAACGUCCUGCUUCUGGCGCGCAGUCGUCGGACCUCGACAAUGUUAUCGCUCCGUCUCAGAGGCGUUCUGCUCCUAGCAGCCAGUUGUUCAACUCCGACUUCCCAAAAAGGCUCUGGAGUAUCUUCCUUGGGAAACAGGCUUUUUUCUUGCCAAUUCUUGAUCUCGACCAACUGAAAAUCGCUUUUAACCUGGCCGUAAACCGUGGGAAAAUUGACCCCACAGUCAUUGACCCAACUCUCGGGCUUUGUAUUGCAAUUGCCUGCCACCUGGCUCCUUAUCAGAACCUUGGGGAAGCCCGCAAGUGGUUCGAUGCAGCUUUAUCUAACAUGGCUGACCCAAUCAAAUCUCGACCUUCACUUCAAUCUUUCCACCACCAAAUUCUCCAGGUUCACUAUCUCCAUAUGGUCGGGCACUUGCGAAUGGCUUGGGACAUCUUAUCUAUGUCUAUAGGCAGAGCGCAAUCUCUUCGGAUGCAAACUAUGCAUGGUGGAUGUCUCGCCGUGGACGAAAAGUCGUUGGAGCAGGUUCGGCUGGUAUGGCAGUGUCUCUGGACGAAGAAACUAUUCCUCACUCUCCAGUUUGGCGUGGUCGAUCAAUCCCUCGACAGCUUUUACGACCCACCCAUGCCGAUGCAGUCGCAUAUUACUGACAACAUGGGAGUAUCUGGCAAGCAAACCAUCGAACAAUCCUAUACGACGUCUUCUUUUUUCAUUGCUUCUGCUUCCCUUAUUAAGUGCACUGACGAUUUGAUCACCGUUGAAAAUGAUCUACGUGUGACUCGCAUGGAAUGUCCGAUCAAAUGGCUUUCUAUUGUAGACCUACGUGGCUUCCAAGGACUGAAUGAGAGACUCUCGAGCUGGAAGAACGGUCUGCCCAACUGCCUGGAAUGGAGAGGCCCUGACAUCGAAUGUGCUAUGCAGAAAGACCUUCUUAUUCGCCGCAUGUCCCUCCUGGCUCAUGUGCGAUUUGUCUAUUUCCGACUUCGUCAAUACCGGCCGUUCUUCAUUUUGAGCCUUCGACUUUCCCAAACGUGCGCCUGUGAAACGAGCCCUCAUAUCACUGGCAAGGAUAUCGAUUCGGUGGAUGCGUCUCCUGUGCUCGGCCUAGUGUAUUACAGUGCUGUCAAAUGUUUGAGUGCUGCCCAAGACAUUGUGAAAACUUUAUCUGUAUCCUUCACCACCACAGCAGAUGAGUAUGCUAAGUGUGAGCAGCUUGAAUAUCUCUACGCUGCUGCCCUCAUUUUGAUUGCUGCCCGGACAGUUCCGCUUGUCUUGAACGGUACCCCGCGGGGUAUAUCUGCUGUAUCUGCUGCUGCCACCACGGCGAAGUCCUUCACAGCGAUGACCGAGGAGCUAAAGGAAAUUGACGUCUUGUUGCGCAACUACCAAGAGAGUUGUAGACAAGCCCCAAAACUCGAACAGAGAAUCGCACGUUCGCGUGAUGUUCUCGACCAGAUCAAACUACAGUCAGAGUCAUCUAAUGGCAUAGUCACUGACAGCGACAUCAGGCUUGAGCCAGUUAUCUGGAACCGGAUCUAUGAUAGACUCGGCCUCAAUGUUCCAUUCCAGCGAUUCUCAGAACCUCAUUGCCCCGCUGGCUCUGCGAUUUCAGGCCGUAGAAAAACACUCGCUUGGCUGGAAAGUCUCCCAGUGGAUAUAGACCUUGAAAAUUAG